AUGGUCAACUUCUCACUUGACAAUUUUUUCGACGAUGCAAACUUAAAUGGACCGGUACAUAACAUUACUUCUGAAGAAGGUUGCUUCGAUCGCAAUAGCACGGCCAUACGAGUGACAAGAGUCGCUGUUUACUGUGUUAUUAUUUUGGUAUCAGCCCUGGGUAACACCAUGACAAUUAUGGUAGUGCGGCGUAACAGAACGAUGCGAAAAUCUUUUCACUGUUUCAUUGUGAACCUGGCAGCUACAGAUUUGAUUAUCACUCUGGUGUACAUGCCACGGCUCAUUGUUAUGUGGUUACGAGGAAGUGAAUGGCUGGUGGAAGACACGUUUGGCUCAGUGCUAUGUAAACUCGUUCCAUAUUUACACGGCGUCGGCAUUUUAGUUUCGAUUCUUACGCUGAUGACAUUGGCCAUAGAUAGAUUUUUUGCUAUUGUCUUCCCUUUGAAACAGGAACUAUUCACUGUCAAAUCUUCGAAGUUUGUUAUCGCGUUCGUUUGGUUCGUUGCUUUGGCCGUUCGUUUUCCUUACUUUUAUUCACUUAGGAUAACGUUUCACGAAGAAAGAGGCGAAUUUACAUGUGCUUCAAAUCUUACAAGAACAUUUGAACGCGUAAACGCAAGAGAAAUUUAUUACACUUUCCUUUUAAUUGCCUUCUACGCUCUCCCAUUCACUGUCAUCCUCGCCUCUUAUUCUGUGAUAGUGGUAACCUUGAGGCGCUCAAAAGUGCCUGGCGACAAAGAAAUAGCCAAGCUUGUAAAGAAAAGUCGAGACAAAGCAAGCAGAAAGGUAAUACACAUGCUACUGACGGUCACCGCCGCUUUUUUGUUUUGUUGGUUGACAUACUUUGUUGCGCAAAUUGUGUUUAAUCCAGUGCCAUGUUAUUUAAGAUUUUGGCGCAUUUUUCUGGCACACAGCAAUAGCGCUUUCAAUCCUUGUUUGUACGCAGUUUUCAACGAAAAGUUUCGAAAAGGUUAUAAACGUUUGCUGUUCUGUGGUUUUCGUUAG